GGGUGGGACCAGUGAGGGUGAGGGAGUUGCGCGGAGGGGGUGGGGUGGAGGCAAUUCGUGGAGAUCGCGAAUCGGCGGCGGAAACUGCGAAUGUCGGAGGCGGCGGUUGGAAUUCUUGGAACAGGAAUUCUAGUAAACUGCCUUCUGAUCUCCCAAGGGUAGCUGCAUUUGAAGAAUGAGAAAGUUAUAGAAAAUGGAUUAGGGCUUGGAAGAACACUGGUUUGUAGCAAGUUUCCAAGGCCAGAACCUCUGCAAGAGGUGUGGAAGAGAAAUGAGUUUGCAUCGCAAUCAGCAAGUGGACUCAGACCGUGAUCUGCAGUCCUCUGCAUCCUCAGUUAGUUUACCUUCAGUUAAAAAGGCACCAAAGAAACGUCGCCUGUCACUUGGGUCUCUCUUUCGAAGGAAAAAGGAGUCAAAACGGAAGUCCAGGGACUUAAAUGGGGGAGUUGAUGGAAUUGCGAGUAUCGAAAGCAUUCAUUCAGAACUUUGUAAUGACAAGAACUCGAUAUUGUCAACCUGUGGCUCAUCUGAAAGUGGGACUGCAUCCACUGACAAGCAAAGUGGAGACUUUCUUGAAUGCCCUCUGUGCCUUUUGCGUCAAUCUAAGGACAAAUUCCCAGACAUUAUGACAUGCCACCACAGGUCGUGUGGAGACUGCUUGCGGCAGUACUUGCGAAUUGAGAUCUCAGAAAGUAGAGUUAAUAUCAGCUGCCCAGAGUGUACUGAGAAAUUCAAUCCCCAUGAUAUCCAGUUGAUUUUAAAUGAUGAUGUGCUGAUGGAAAAAUAUGAGGAAUUUAUGCUGCGCCGUUGGUUGGUGGCGGAUCCAGACUGCAGAUGGUGCCCUGCUCCUGAUUGUGGUUACGCAGUGAUAGCAUUUGGCUGUGCCAGCUGUCCAAAACUGACUUGCGCCCGAGAAGGAUGUGGCACUGAGUUCUGUUACCACUGUAAGCAAAUAUGGCAUCCAAACCAGACUUGUGAUGCAGCACGUCAACAGAGAGCACAGAGCUUGCGGUUACGAACGAUACGUUCUUCGUCAAUCAGCUACAGUCAAGAAUCUGGUGCAGCCGGUACAGAAAACUGGACACUUCGUAGAUACGUUCAGGAUGAAAUUACAGGAAGAAAGGGGUUGCCUGAAAUAAACAGCCUACUGGUCAAUCAAAUUUUACCAUCUCGUUCUACAGCAGAUGAUAUUAAACCUUGUCCACGAUGUGCAGCAUACAUAAUAAAAAUGAAUGAUGGAAGCUGUAACCAUAUGACUUGUGCUGUAUGUGGUUGUGAGUUCUGUUGGCUUUGUAUGAAAGAAAUCUCUGACCUACACUAUUUAAGUCCUUCUGGCUGCACAUUUUGGGGAAAGAAGCCUUGGAGUCGUAAAAAGAAGAUCCUGUGGCAGCUUGGCACGUUAGUUGGUGCUCCAGUAGGAAUAGCACUCAUUGCAGGAAUUGCCAUUCCGGCUAUGAUUAUUGGGAUUCCUGUAUAUGUAGGCCGCAAGAUACAUAAUCGCUACGAGGGAAAGGACAUUUCCAAGCACAAGCGGAACUUGGCAAUCACUGGAGGUGUAACAUUGUCAGUCAUUGUUUCGCCUGUUGUUGCUGCAGUAACUGUAGGCAUUGGAGUACCCAUUAUGUUAGCGUAUGUAUAUGGAGUGGUCCCUAUUUCCCUCUGCCGUAGUGGUGGCUGUGGUGUUUCUGCCGGCACUGGAAAGGGUGUGCGGAUAGAAUUCGAUGAUGAAAAUGAUAAUGCUGGCAGAGGAAAUGCAGCAUUAGAUACCACGUUUGUAGUUGAAGCUCGCAAUAACCCCAGUAUUGGAGAAGGAAGUGUCGGGGGCUUAACAGGCAGUUUGAGUGCCAGUGGCAGUCACAUGGACAGAAUAGGGAUAAUACGAGACAACCUGAGUGAAACAGCGAGCACAAUGGCACUAGCUGGAGCUAGUAUCACUGGAAGUCUUUCUGGGAGUGCGAUGGUCAACUGUUUCAAUAGGUUAGAAGUACAGGCGGAUAUCCAGAAGGAGCAACAUAGUCUCAGUGGUGAGUCAGGCACAGUCAGCAUUGGGACCAUCAGUGACAAUGCCAGCACAAGGGCCAUGGCAGGAUCAAUUAUCAAUUCCUACAACCCACAAGACAGGGAAGGAAACAGUCUGGAGGUGCAAGUUGACAUUGAGUCAAAGCCUGCAAAGUUUAGGCACAAUAGUGGAAGCAGUAGUGUGGAUGACAGUAGUCGCAAUGUUGUCACUUUAACUUCAGCCCCUCCUCCGGAUAAUCGAAGCACUGCCUCCAAAUGGUCCAAAGAAACAACAACUAAAAAGUGCAAAGGAAAAUUGCAGAAAAGAGGCAGUAUGAAGAUAAAUGAAACUCGUGAAGAGAUGGAUGCACAGUUGUUAGAACAGAGAAGCACUAAUUCAAGUGAAUUUGAUUCUCCAUCACUUAGUGACAGUAUUCCAUCUGUAGCAGACUCUCACUCCAGCCAUUUCUCAGAAUUUAGUGGAUCUGAUAUGGAGAGCAUGAAAACGUCUUGUAGUCAUGGUUCAAGUGAUUAUCAUAGUCGGUUUUCGGCAGUCAGUCCCCUUCCAGAGGUGGAGAAUGAUCGUUUGGAGACAUGCCCAUCACAAGGUGGUCUUCUUGCAUCUGUUGCAAAUGGACCAAGUGCAGAAGUCUUGCAGCUGAGCUUCAUUGCAGAGGAGAAUGGUGCUGUAACUUCAGUGUCAAAUAAUGCCAAUGAGGAAACAGAAAAUGUAACCAAUAAUAAUCAGCAGCAACAGACCAGUGCAAUUCAUACAGAAAUUUAAUCCGUCAGUGCUGCAGUUUGUAUCAUAAAUGUCACUAAUCAGUUCUGCUAACAGUUAUUAUAUGCCGAUUAAUAUAAAAGAAAACUAAUGACUGAAACUGGUGCUUAUUAACCAACAAUCAUGGAUUUUGAAGGUCAAAAAGUGUAGAUGUCAGGGUUAAGUGUUGUUAUAGAUCUGCUCCCCAGUUAUCCAGUUCAAAUUUUAAAGGUUGGGGGAAUAGUUGGCAGAACUUUUUGAGAUGCAUUUAUUGGGCAGUAACAUUGGGUGAGAAGUAAUGGUCUAUUUUUCAGUCAUGUGCUAAGAAUAUGUAACUGAACUUGGAGAAAUUCCAAAAUGCAAGCAGAAAUCAGUUGACAGUUAUUUCAAAAAAUUGCAUUCUUGACUGUGGUUAUUCUAUAAUUGAAGAUCGACUGGCCCAUUCUCCUUCACUGUUUCCUGGUGCCUUUGGAAAAGACUGCAUUUAAUACCUGCUUUAUUUGAGGAUAUGUUUAUACUUCUCAAAAAAAAUACUUUGACUACAGUAUACCACACAAGAAUGCUAACAAAAUGGAUUAAAAUUGUGUAUAAUGAAUGAAUGAAUGAUCUUAAGAUAUAACCCUAUAUUAGCCUACCAAAGACAGUACUCAGGCUUUAGAAAAUGUUUUGCAUAACCAUUUUAACUGGUUCCUUGUUCUGAAAAAGAAAGUAUUAAUAGUGGAUGAUUGCUGCUAAUGCAGUUUGUUACAAAUUGAAAGCACAGUGCAGAGUUUGCACAUUGCUUUGAAGCAUUAAAGAGAGGUAAAGACUAUGGCCUUUUCUCCCUUUAUGGACCGAGACACUAAUAAAACUCAAAGGCUACCCUCGGCCUAAAAGGUGCACUGUUGAACUUCACUUAAAUGCAAAAUUGAGUCAUUAUAUGAAAGUAUGUUUUGCGCAAUAUGCAGUGUGUAUUUGCUUUAUGUUGCCAUGUUGAUAAUUGAAAUUUUAUCCUUAUGAAGAGAAGAAUAAAAAAAAAGAAACAAGUUGCAAUCUUUUUAAUUUUCUUUAAGCUUUAGAACACUAGUGCCAGUUACAAUAUGUUGCAUAUGCUUGGUUUGGUAUUUAUAUAUUUGUUUGCAAGCUGGUUUGCCUAACAGGGUGACUGUAAGAAGCAUAUCUAAAAAUAAAUACAAUUAAAAUCCAUCACUUUGAGUAUUCUUAUAAUCUGCAAAAGUUUGGUUUGAUUGAAAUAUUAAAUGUACAAUUUAAAAGCAAUUAUAACUCAAUACUCCUCCCUGCUGGCUCAGUAAUUCACUUCAGCCAUAUAGACUGGGAAGAUGCCAGGGUUUGUCGGUCUGAACAAAGGAAACUUAUUUUUGGUGUCAGUGACUGGGUUAGAGAGAAGAAAAUCUGUCAGGGUUACUGCCUUAGUUAUUUUAGGACUCCUGGUAGGAAUAGAACACUGGACAUCUGAUUAGGAUUAGAACUGUCUUUUCCUCAAAUUACUUGCUAUAAUUUGUAAGUAAAUUAUUGUAGAAUGAUUGUACAGUUUAAACUGUGUAGUUUCAAGUUGCAAGAAUCAGGAAUUGAAGGAUUAAUCUUUCUAAAAUUUUGUUUGUAUUUGGAAUUUAGACCUCAACUAAUCAGUCCUUCAUUGUUAACCAUUUGACAGCUUGUCUAUUGGUUAAGUGUUCAGCUGGGAGUGGUUACUGGAAUAGGUGUUAAUUUGUAAUCUCUCCUUAAAAAAAAUGUACUUGGGGAAUUUAGGAGGGUUGCAAAAGUGAAUCAGUCUCGCUAAUGAGACAAGUGAUUGCGCAGAGUACAACUCAAGUGGAGCUUCAAAAGAGUGCAAACAUUGAAUUUAGUGAGUAUGAAACUCGGAUGUUGAGGGGAAAUGAGGUGCCACUUUUUGUCUUCAAUACUAGGUGUUAAUUUCAUGCAGGAAAUGAUUAAACUUUGACUAGUGCUUAAUGUAAGCAAAUGUGUUAUUUAUUGAAGAUUAUGAAAGGUUUAAAGGUAGAUUGCAGUAAUAGCAUAAUGUAACUUUCAAUAAAUAUUUUUAAUUGAUUAAAUAGCCAGAAACCUAAACUAAUUGGAUAUAUCCAUCAAUAUUUGACAGAUGGCAUGGUUAUUGUAGCUGCAGCAUGCGGGAAGUCAGUAAGACACCAAGAAAUCACAUUUUCAAAAAGGCAGCAUCUUGAAAAAAUUUGACAUGGGAUGAGAUGAAGACAUUACAGUGCAUCAGGGAGGGAGAGAGUUAAUUUGGAAUUUGUUCCAGGAGCAGUCACAACCUUCAUGUUAGGUGGUAGGAGGGUGUGACUGAAUUGGCUAUGUGUGUGGGAAUCCAGAAGGUGGUGAUUCUAGUCACUGUUAAUGAAGGAUAUAAAAGCCUGAGGUUAUAGAGAAUAUUUAGAGAAUUAACAAUGAUGAGGCUAGGAAGAAUGACAUUGGGGAGCCAUGUGGUGGUGGUCCUGUUUUUGCUCAAUAUUUAGGGAGGGCCAUGGCCAUCUGUGAAAUUGAAUACCACCUGGUACAAGUGAACAACUGUCAAUGCUGUUCACAUGACUAUCUUAAAUACAAAAGAUUCACUUUCAUUUACUGAUGCUG